AUGAAAUAAGCUAUUUAAAAAGCUUUAAUGGAGAUUGCAAAUCCUAAAAAAGGAAAAGAAAUUUCUGCUUAUAUGAAAAAUGUUCUUCCUUUUAGAGGUCUAUAAUAACCAGAAAUUGCAAAAGUUUUCAAUCAAUUCAAGAAUGAAAUAAAAGAAAUGGAGGAUGAUUAAAAGUAUGAGGUAGCUGAUUUUUUGAUGAGAUAAGAAUAUGGAGAAGAUAAGAAAAUUGCAUUAAUGAUUGCAGAAAAAAUGAAAUUUGAUUUAUAAAGAAUAAAGUUAACAGAAAAAUGGUUUAUUGAUGGUCAUAUAAAAGAAUGGGCAACAGCAGAUACUUAUUGUGGAAGAGUAUUAAAGAGUUUUGUAAUAGAUAAGGAAAAUGCAAAAUUAAUGUUAGAUUGGGCUAAACAUGAAAAUUUAUGGAUGAGAAGAUCUAGUUGUGUAGGAUUUGUAACUUUAGCAAGAAAGAAAGUAUGUGAUAUGAAUUUACUUUAUGAAAUAUGUUAAGAGAACAUAAUUCAUUAAGAACGAUUUAAUUAAUUAGGAACAGGUUGGUUAUUAAGAGAAAUGUCAUUAGUUGAUUUAAAAGGAGUAAUUGAAUUUAUAAAAAAAAACAUAAAAUAUUUUAGUAGUGAAGGUUUAAGAUAUGCUUAUGAGAAAAUGAAAAAAAGUGAUUAAAAUUAUUUGAAAGAAUUAUUAAGAAUGAAAAAUAUAUAAACUAAUAAUUCAGAAGAUGAAUAAGAAGUUUAGGAUGAAAUAUAAUAGAAAUCAAAUGAUUAAGAUGAAGAAAGUGAAUAAGAUUUUAAAAUUAAGAAACCUAAAAGAUAAAGUAGAACAAUAAAAAGGAAACUUUGA